CUUAUACCACGUAUACAUGAUUUUUUUCUAACCUCAAAAUUAUACCCAAACAAUAUUCUCUUCUCAAAAUUUAGUUCGUGUGUUCGGUGUACUCGGAUUUUCAUCCAAGAUGAGGACCAUUAACGCCAACCAGUCUGUAAAAAUUCCUGAUGGUAUUGAUGUUACUGUCAACAAAAGAAUUAUUGUUGUUAAAGGACCCCGUGGUUCAUUAGAAAGGAAUUUCAAACAUUUAGCUGUUGAUAUAUACAUGAAAGGCCCACGUCUUUUAACUGUUGAAAAAUGGUUUGGUACUAAAAAAGAAUUGGCUGCUGUCAGAACCAUUUGUACUCAUGUUGAAAACAUGAUCAAGGGUGUUACUAAAGGUUUCUUGUAUAAAAUGAGAGCUGUAUAUGCUCAUUUCCCCAUUAAUUGUGUUACUUCUGAGAAUAACUCUCUUAUUGAAAUCAGAAAUUUCUUGGGAGAGAAAUAUAUCAGACGUGUAAAGAUGUCGCCUGGUGUCUCAGUAUCCAACUCUAAGCAAAAGGACGAGUUAAUUGUUGAAGGGAAUGAUAUUGAAAAAGUUUCUCGAUCAGCUGCUUUAAUCCAACAGUCUACCACUGUAAAGAACAAGGAUAUUCGUAAGUUCUUGGAUGGUCUAUAUGUAUCUGAAAAGACAACAGUUGUACAAGAGGAAUAAAACUUGAUUAUUUUACACAUUUUAA